GACGAGCACCGCGCGAUGGCCGCGCUCCUGGAGGAAGCCGGCCGCUUAUCCGCGCGCGCGCAGGCGCUCCCGGCGCCCAUCACGUCCCUGGAGCGCCUUCACGCGGACCAGCGUCUGUACAUCGCAUCGCACGACGCGAGCGACCCAUCGCGCGGGCCCUCCGUCGUUCUCGGCUUUCUCAAGGUUGGCGAGAAGCGCCUUUUCGUGUCGGAUCCGCGAGGGAACACGGUCGAGAUCGAGCCGUGCUGCGUCCUCGACUUUUACGUCCACGAGAGCUGCCAGAGAGGCGGCAUCGGGAGCGAGCUGUUCGCGCGGUUCCUGGAGGAGGAAGACCACCGACCGGCGCGGCUGGCGUACGAUCGUCCCUCGCACAAGCUCAAGAGCUUCCUGAGGAAACACUUCGGUCUCGUGAGCUUCUCGCCGAACGCGAACAACUACGUCGUGUUUCGCGACUACUGGGACGCGCCGCGGAGGCCG